GUAUUUUGGUGGGAAGUCUGGUUUCACCUGCCUCACGUUGCACAUGGUGCACACCAGAUGAGAGAGGAGGCUCGGAGAGAAGGCCAUGGCUCCAAAUCCGUACCUUGUUUUGGGCGUUCAGGUGGGUGCUGCUCAGGAGGAUGUCAAGCGAGCCUACCGCGCGCUGGCCUUGCAAUGCCACCCAGACAAGCGCCCACCAGAGGAGAGGGAUGUGGCAGAGCAGCUUUUCAAGGACUUGCGGCAAGCCUACGACACUUUGAGGGACCCUGAGAAGCGAAGAAUAUUUGAUGCUGCAAAUGGCAGGCCCAGGAGCUGCCAGAGAUUUCCAUCAGGCCUGGCAGCAUCAAUUCUGCGGCGCCAUUCACGCAGGCCUCGAUCAGCUUGCACACCUGAUUCCGAGUGUAGCUGGAGUGCCAAAGUCGUGCACAAAGACAAAUCAGACAAAGCAGGAGGCAAAGCAGGACCAGGAGGAAGCACCUCUACUUCUACAGCACCAAUUGUAGCACCUCCGGCUUUUUCAGACCACAUUUGGUUUGCUCGGGGUUCGGCCUCAGUUGGCCGUGCGUACAAAGGACAGGAAGUAGAAGAGCUCGCAUUUGACAGGCAGAGUGCUUUGCUUGCCGCAGCUAGCUGGCUUCGCGGGAAUCCACGAGGCACUUGUCUCUUAGAAGUGCGUGGCUGCUCCCAAAGAGGAGAAGUGUCCUGGCGCCAGCAGGAGCCUUUGGCAAAAGCACGUUGUGAGAAAACAAUGAGUUUUCUAACAAAGCAGUUCAACGUACCUGCUGAUCAGUUGCGAUCAGCUGCACAGAUAAAGGAUGACUUCCAGGGUGUGGAGCUGAUCGGUAUGAGACGUCUUUGCGUGGAUGGAGGCUUCCUCAAUGAAGGCUCCUUACUGCUCGCCGAUGAGAUGACCAUUCCAGCGAUAACACGCUAUCUUUUGGCCGAUCCUGCGGACAAUCGAAUGCUGUUCUUUGAGGUCGGCUUCAGUGCAAUUUAGGGAAUUGUCUCCUUCCAGACAGGUGGUCCUGCUCUUUUUUGAAGACCUUGAUAGACACUUAGGUCGUUUGCUCUGAAGGUUUGCAGACGCUGGCUUCAAGACGAAAGGCUGCUCUUCUGGCCGCUCUUAGUGGACCAAACCGUCUGAAGAGAAGAGUCUCAGCAAACACUCGAUGUGGGGGGAAGGAAGAGGUUAUUUUCUACACCUUUGAGUGCUGCCCCUAAGCUUGCUGUGCAAAUUGGAGGAAAAUUCGCGCCUGCGCCUCCAUCUGCAUGAGCACGAUCUUGAAUCUUUUGGCAUAAUCAGCAGCACUUGCACUCUUGAUGACAAGCAGUUCAAUCAAUUAUGAUGGCAGGCGCAUUGAAUCCAGGCGUAUUCCUAUUCUGAGGGAUUGGAAAUGAAGAGCAGCUGGACCAGGGCAGACCCUUGGUUUGUACAGAUCAAUGGAGGACCAGAUACGGAUUGAAAUUCCUCGGAGUCCUGUGCUUUGGACUCGUUGGCCUCCUCUCUUUACUGCUUCACCAGACACGAGUUUGUUGAACUUUGGUGUGAAGCAAUGUGUGGGGUUUGUCUUGCAGAGAAUUGCAAGCCAGGGAGUGGCAAAGCAGUGAUGACCUGUUU